GCUCGUUGAAGACGAAGUUUCGAAGACGACCAACAAAGAGAAAGAUCAAAAUUUGAGAGGGAAACAAAAAAAGAGGAAGAGAGAAGAAGAAGAAGAAAACACCCUUGAUUAAUAAAGUCUCAGACUUUUUGAUUCGAUUCGAAAAAAGUGAGUUUAUGCUUGAAGCUGGGAAUUCCAAAACUCGGAAUUCGUGUAAAACUAGUUCGAUUUAUCAGAGUUAUGCUAAGUUAGUGAAGGUGAAUGAAAAAGAGUUGAUUUUUGAGAGAGGAGAGAAAUGGGUGAGGUAGGUCCUCAAGUCGCUGCUCCGAUUUCAGUUCAUCAUCCUAUGGGGAAAAAACGCGACCUUUAUGUACAACCACACUGGCUUGUGUCAUCUCAGUUACCCAAGGAUGAUUGGCAGAUGAACAGGUGGAAGUGGGAUGGUCAGAGAUUUGAAGCUAUAGAACUACAAGGAGAGUCUCUCCAGCUAAGUAACAAAAAAGGUCUUGAUUUGAAUCUACCUUGUGGUUUUAACGAUGUUGAAGGCACGCCGGUGGAUUUAACCAGACCGAGUAAGAAGGUUAGGUCGGGAUCUCCGGGAAGUGGCGGCGGAGGAGGAGGAAACUAUCCGAAGUGUCAGGUUGAUAAUUGUAAGGAAGAUUUAUCAAUUGCUAAGGAUUAUCAUAGAAGACAUAAAGUUUGUGAGGUUCAUAGCAAAGCUACUAAAGCUCUUGUUGGGAAACAGAUGCAGAGGUUUUGCCAACAGUGUAGCAGGUUUCAUCUGCUUUCUGAGUUUGAUGAGGGGAAGAGAAGUUGUAGGCGUAGAUUGGAUGGUCAUAACAGGCGGAGGAGAAAAACACAGCCCGAUGCGAUUACAUCUCAGGUUGUAGCUCUGGAGAAUCGUGAUAAUACUUCUAAUAACACUAAUAUGGAUGUUAUGGCUUUGUUAACAGCUUUAGUUUGUGCACAAGGUAGGAACGAGGCUACUACUAAUGGGUCUCCGGGAGUGCCUCAAAGAGAGCAACUUCUUCAGAUACUUAACAAGAUCAAGGCUUUACCUUUGCCUAUGAAUCUUACCUCGAAGUUGAACAAUAUCGGAAUUUUAGCCAGGAAAAAUCCGGAGCAACCCUCCCCGAUGAAUCCUCAAAAUAGUAUGAAUGGGGCUUCUUCUCCAUCUACGAUGGACUUGCUUGCUGCUCUCUCGGCAUCUUUAGGUUCAUCUGCUCCAGAGGCCAUAGCUUUUUUAUCUCAAGGAGGGUUUGGUAACAAAGAAAGCAAUGAUAGGACUAAGUUAACUUCUUCUGACCACAGCGCCACAACCAGUUUAGAAAAGAAAACUUUGGAGUUUCCUUCUUUUGGGGGAGGAGAGAGGACAAGUAGCACUAACCAUUCUCCAUCUCAGUAUUCAGAUUCACGCGGUCAAGACACUAGAUCGAGCUUAUCUCUACAACUAUUCACCUCUUCACCAGAAGAGGAGAGUCGACCAAAAGUUGCAUCUUCAACAAAGUAUUAUUCUUCUGCGAGCAGUAACCCUGUUGAGGAUAGAUCACCAUCAUCAUCUCCAGUCAUGCAAGAGUUAUUCCCUUUGCAUACUUCUCCUGAAACCAGGAGGUAUAACAAUUACAAAGACACUAGUACCAGUCCCAGGACCAGUUGUUUGCCCCUAGAGCUCUUUGGUGCAUCAAAUAGAGGAGCUACUGCAAAUCCUAAUUACAAUGUUUUGAGGCAUCAAUCUGGUUAUGCUUCAUCUGGUUCGGAUUAUUCUCCUCCUAGCUUAAACUCUAAUGCUCAGGAGCGCACAGGAAAGAUAUCUUUCAAACUAUUUGAAAAAGAUCCUAGUCAGCUCCCUAACACAUUGCGAACCGAGAUCUUUAGAUGGCUUUCUAGUUUUCCAUCAGAUAUGGAGAGUUUUAUCAGGCCUGGUUGUGUUAUUUUAUCUGUCUAUGUGGCAAUGUCAGCUUCUGCUUGGGAACAACUUGAGGAAAAUUUACUGCAACGAGUUAGAUCUUUGGUUCAAGAUUCAGAAUUUUGGAGUAAUUCAAGAUUUUUGGUCAAUGCAGGCAGACAGCUCGCGUCACACAAACAUGGUAGAAUUCGUCUGAGCAAAUCUUGGAGAACUUUGAAUUUACCAGAGCUAAUCACGGUGUCGCCGUUGGCUGUUGUAGCCGGUGAAGAAACAGCUUUAAUAGUAAGGGGUAGAAACUUGACUAAUGACGGAAUGAGACUUCGUUGCGCACAUAUGGGUAACUACGCGUCAAUGGAGGUAACUGGAAGAGAACAUAGGUUAACAAAAGUUGAUGAGUUAAACGUAAGUAGUUUCCAAGUCCAGAGUGCAAGCUCUGUUUCUCUAGGACGAUGUUUCAUUGAGGUAAAGACUUAGAAAUAACUAAAUUUUAGUUUCUUAGUAAGUCCUGGUUUUUGGGAGAUGUUAGUUUAACAAUUCUUAUUAUGUCAAAAUAGUUGGAGAAUGGAUUAAGAGGUGACAAUUUCCCUUUGAUAAUAGCCAAUGCCACGAUUUGCAAAGAGUUGAAUCGCCUUGAAGAAGAGUUUCAUCCAAAAGACGUGAUAGAGGAACAAAUACAGAACUUAGAUCGUCCAAGAUCAAGAGAAGAAGUUCUUUGCUUCUUGAAUGAGCUUGGUUGGCUAUUUCAGAGGAAAUGGACAUCCGAUAUUCAUGGAGAACCCGACUUUUCUCUUCCUCGCUUCAAAUUUUUGCUCGUAUGCUCUGUUGAAAGAGAUUACUGUUCUCUCAUAAGAACCGUCCUGGAUAUGAUGGUAGAGAGAAAUUUGGGAAAAGACGGUCUGUUGAACAAGGAGUCCUUAGAUAUGCUGGCUGAUAUUCAGCUACUGAAUCGCGCUAUCAAAAGGAGAAACACAAAAAUGGCUGAAACUCUGAUCCAUUAUUCCGUUAAUCCCUCUACUAGAAACUUCAUCUUCUUGCCUAGUAUCGCUGGACCUGGCGAUAUCACACCUUUGCAUUUGGCUGCUUCCACAUCUAGUUCUGAUGAUAUGAUUGAUGCCCUGACUAAUGAUCCACAAGAGAUUGGAUUAUCUUGCUGGAAUACCCUAGUCGAUGCAACCGGGCAAACUCCCUUUAGCUACGCUGCAAUGAGAGACAACCACAGUUACAACACCUUGGUGGCUCGUAAACUUGCAGAUAAAAGAAACGGUCAAAUAUCUCUGAACAUUGAAAAUGGGAUCGAUCAGAUUGGCCUGAGUAAGAGACUAAGCUCAGAGCUAAAGAGAUCUUGCAACACAUGUGCAAGUGUGGCUCUAAAGUAUCAGAGGAAGGUUUCGGGUUCACGUCGAUUGUUCCCAACUCCGAUCAUUCACUCGAUGCUUGCGGUUGCGACAGUAUGUGUUUGCGUCUGCGUGUUUAUGCAUGCUUUCCCAAUGGUCAGACAAGGCUCUCACUUCAGUUGGGGUGGUCUUGAUUAUGGCUCAAUCUAAGGUUUGUUAUAUAACUAAGUGUUGUUAAUUCUUUUGGUUCGAUACCAAAAGGGAAAAAAAAAGUGCGAUGAAGGAAACUGAGAAUGAGAGGCAUAGUGAGAAAACCCAAAGACAUGUGGAUCUUGGACAUUGCAGAGAUGGAAUCACUCACUGGUCUUUGGUGAGCCAGAGAGUACAGAGAAACUGGUUCAGGUCAGAGCAGACAUAGCUUCAACACAACACCCAAGUUUUUAUAUAUUUGGCUAAUUAUGUUUUAUUCUUGCAUAUGUUAAUUUCCCAUUCUCCCUUAAUUACAGUUUUUAGUUGCUUAACACAAAAGCUGUUGCUAUUUUACUGAAGCUGUUUUCUCCUGUGUGUUUAUUGUAUCUCUGUAGAGUUGUGAACGUAGUUGAACAUUGUUGUAAAAUUGUAAUGUAAUACCUUUUUGGUUAAUCCUACGUAAAAGUAGUAUUAGCCACUACUUGCUAAACAUUUUA